AGGGGGACAAAGAGGAGGGGCGGAGCGUGCUUUACGGUAGCACCAGCUGCGCAGGCGCAAAGCUUUCCUUUCUGUCGCACGUGGAGAAAGGAAGGCAGGCGGAAGGAAGAGAAGCAGCAGCAGCAGCCAUCAUGAGGCGGCCUAAGUUGAAGAAAGCCAGUAAACGCAUGACCUGCCACAAACGUUUUAAAAUACAGAAAAAGGUACGAGAACACAAGAGAAAACUCAAGAAGGAAGCCAAGAAGCGUGGCCAUAAAAAACCAAAGAAAGAUCUGGGAAUUCCCAAUUCUGCACCUUUUAAGGAAGAAGUUCUUCGAGAAGCUGAACAAAGAAAACAAAGGCGUGAAGAACUGAAACAGAAGCAAAAACUUGAUCGGCAGAAAGAGCUGGAAAAGAAACGUUCACAGCAAAAAAAUAAAAAGGAUGUUGGUGAAGUAAUGCGAGAUGAAAAGAAAUCAAAGAAAAAGCAAAAAUUGAAGUCAAAUCAGGAGAGUUCUAAAAAUUCAAAGAAACAUUUUUACCAGGAACUGAGAAAGGUGAUUGAGGCUUCUGAUAUAGUGCUAGAAGUCUUAGAUGCGAGAGAUCCUUUAGGCUGUCGAUGUCCCCAAAUAGAACAACUUGUUAACCAGUCGAAUGGAAAGAAAAAGUUAAUGUUAAUUUUAAAUAAAAUUGAUCUAGUACCGAAAGAGAACUUGGAGAAAUGGCUGACUUAUUUAAAUAAAGAACUUCCAACUGUUGCUUUUAAAUCUUCAAUGCAGCUAAAAGACAAAACUGUGCAACAGAAAAAGCAUACUAAAAGACAUGGUGUCUACACUGAGUUAACAAGAUCAAGCCUGUGCUUUGGGAGCGAAUGCCUUCUCAAACUCCUUCAAGAACAUAGUACGGGUAAAGAAAAAGCUAUACAAGUUGGCCUGGUAGGUUUCCCCAAUGUAGGGAAAAGCAGUAUCAUCAAUAGCCUGAAAGAAAUGCGUGCCUGCAACGUGGGACCAGAGAGAGGCCUUACUAAGUCUAUGCAAAUAGUUCACAUUGACAAGACUAUCAAGAUGUUAGAUAGUCCAUGUAUUAUUGCAGCACCUUCCAACUCUGCUCUUAUUCUGGCACUGAGAAGUACUACAGAUUUUGAUGGAGAAAAUUCAGUUAAUUCCAUAGAUGCCAUUCUGAAGCACUGCAGCAAACAGCAGAUAAUGCUACACUACAACAUGCCAGAUUACAGAAAUACUUUGGAAUUUUUAACUCUACUUGCUCGGAAGAGAGGAAUGCUCAAAAAGGGGGGUCUUGCUGACACAGAGGGUGCCGCUGCAUUAUUUAUCUCUGAUUGGACAGGAGCCAGAGUAAGCUACCAUUCACGACCGCCUGCAACAUGGAACCUGCCUCCUCACCUUUCUGAUCAAGAUGCUGUAGCAGCACUGCAGCAGUUUAAUACUCAGGAUUUGGAAGAAGGUAACAGAAGCACCAUAAAAGAUAACAAAUACCCAAGUCCAGCAAGCAGUAUUCUUUUUCAAUCACCUGGCUUCACGGAUGGCAUAACAGAAGACCAAGACCUGCCAGAGGAAGUAUUGGAACAAGAGAACAUAGAAGGAAGUGAAGAUGAAGAAGAAGACAACUUCACUGAAGAUGAGAGGAAUGAAGGAGAAAGUGAUUUUGAAGAUAUGGAAGCGGAAAAUGACAGGAUAAAGAAUGACAAAACUACAAUUGAAAAACUGGAUGCAAAGAAUGCAAACAUGGAAAUAUUACCUACAGGUACACAAGUUGAUAUAGAUAAGACUGCUGACAUGGAUGAUGCAUAUGAUUUUAACACAGAUUAUAUAUAAAGAGAGUAUCUGAAGUUUCUGAGUACUGUAGCCUUUUGGAAGCUAAAGAGGCCUUCAUGGAGACUCUACACCCCUACAGUGUCUUUUUUUCAGUUGCUGAACAACUGACUCAUGUAAAUACUGUAUAUAAUAUAAAACACCUACCUAGAAAUAAAUCACUUGUUGUAAAUUGCAUUGAAAUAAAUAACAUUGCUUUUUUUAGCUUCA